CGGCUCGGGGGCGGGCAGGCGGCGCUGGUCGCUGUCCUGGGUCUUGAAUCCACUGCGGUUGCUGAUUGCCGGAGCCGGGGAGCGGCUGCGGGAGGCGAAGAGCGGGCUGGCGGUAUGGAGUGAGGGCUGGCGGCGGCGAGCAGGGGAACGGGACAGCCGCCUGCGAUGGGCCAGGCAUGAUGGGGGCGCUCGGCUCCGUCCUCCCGCUGCUGCUGCCGCCGCUGCUGCAGAUCCUCGCCGCCGCCCCGCGUAGCCAACCACCCUCCGCCGGAGCCGCCGCUGAGGCGCGGAUCGGCUGCCUGUUUGAGGAUGACCUUUGCAAAUCAUCUGAAGUCUGUGUAAAUGAUGGAAUAUUUGGGAGAUGUCAGCGAGUGCCAGUAAUAGACAUCUAUAAAUAUGACAUUUCACCCCCUGUUCUUCAGCGCCUAAGGAUCAUCCUGGAGAAGCUCUCACACAGAGGUUUUACCUGGCAAGAUGAUUAUACACAGCAUGUUAUUGGUCAGGAGCUCUCAGCCAUGCACAAAGUCCACAGCAGACGCCCUGAUGUAUUUGCAUCUGAAGGAUCUGACACAGGAAGGAUGUUGGAACAGAAUGCAGACAAGGAAAGAAAUUAUGAGCUGGAAAAUGAUGUCAACUUGGCCAAGUCUCUUCAGCAAUACCUUAAAUAUCUUGGUGUUCUCUCCCAGUCUGCAACUACAAAUUUGUACCCUAGAAAGAUGAGUGACAAAGCUUCAGUCAAGAGCUACAUCUACGAUGAACCCAUCAGGUACUACACGAUGCAAAACUCCAAAGAGCGAGCACCUCCUGUGGCCCGUGCAGAGACAUCCCAUCAACAGCAUGCUGAAAAUCUCCGUGGGAGGACCCUCAACCAGCCUCAGCCAGACAAGUUAGCCCUAGAGCCAGAAAUGGGACUGGACCAAAAAACUCUGAUGGCUGCACUGCAUACGUACAUCACUCAGAACUUGUCAGCACAAAGCAGUGGUAAAAGCUCUCACAGCAGGACUAAAGAGCCUCGCAUUUAUGCUGAUAGAUUCCACUCUUCACAAGUCAGUCCUUUUGAUGGAACUUUGGCCAAAGGAAAAGUCUUUAAAAUGAAGAAGCUGUUCCAGCCAAGACCUGCGUCUGGAGUGCUGCAGCCAACCCCUGAGAUGCUGAAUCAUAAUUCUGUGACCCAGAAUGACCUGAGGGACCCUCUGAGUGCAGUGGAUGAGACACUUAUCAAAGAAGCUCUGAAGGACCUAGAGAAGCAGCAAGUGAAUGUGGAGAAUCUCAGCUCAGCAGAACUGGAUGAGAUCGCUGAUACUGUCGCCAAUGCAAUUCAAGCUGUUGGCGUUCAGGAAGAAACAGAUAAGAGUUCUGGAAAAACUGAAGACCAAACAGAAGCACAAAUGAAGAAAGGAGAUGCUCAAGAAAAGACCGAGGUUCAGAUUGGAUUAAUGGAAAACAGUGCAAACAUACCAGACAAUGGAGUGCAUGAAGCCCGUGUGAGAACUGAUGAAAAGGAGAACACUGCACAAGUAGUUAGCUUCUUGAAUGAGAAUGCACUACCUGAAAAUACACCUGAAGAGCUUAUACCUAAAGGAUCUACUAAGACAGAAACCAAGAAAUCUGAAGACAUUUACUCCUCAUCAGAGGAAAUAAAUGCUGGUGUGGAAAAUGUAAAAAGUGAGACUUUCUCAAGAGAGCUUACAGCUGCAAAGAGCAGUGAAUUGGACUCCAAAGACCCAAGUGAUACCCAGUACUGGAUUAAAAAUUCCUUAAUGCAAAGUGGAAACACCAAUGAAAAGAAUCAGAAAAAUACAGGACAAGGCUUACAACUUGAAGUGAAGUCUUCUGAUGAUAAAGAAUACGGCUACAUUGUGACAGUGAAAGACCCCGUGAGUGUGGAAAAGGGCUUGGAGUUAAUAAAUGAAGUGGCAGGGCUCCUGAAGCUGCAGAUGAGCGCCUUCGAUGACAUCAACGUGCUGGGACCAGCUGUGACCUUCAGAGUGCACUCAAACCUCCAAAACAUUUCAACUGCAGAUGUUGCGAAAGCAGCAGCCAUAAACAAAGAGAAGCUGGAAAAAACAACUGGGCUGAAAAUUCUUCAGACUGGCGUGGGGGAGAAAAGCAACGUCCCGCCGCUCCCGCAGCGCGCGGAAGAGGCAGAGUCCGCCAAAUUUCUCCUCCUCACCCUCCUCUCCCUCGCCUGCAUCGCUGGAGUCCUGGCGGCAUCGGGGGUCGUCUACUGCCUCCGCCACCGCGCCCACCACCGCCUGCGGGAGAAACUCUCGGCGCUGGGGGCCGACGCCGGGUCCGACGCUCCCGCUGCUUAUCAGGAGCUAUGCCGCCAGCGCAUGGCAGUGAAGACGUCCGACCGCCCGGAGCCCCUGCACGCCUCUCGAAUAAACAGCGUCUCCUCUCAGUUCAGCGAUGGGCCCAUCCCCAGCCCCUCGGCCCGGAGCAGCACAUCCUCCUGGUGUGAGGAGCCAGUCCAGUCCAACAUGGACAUCUCCACCGGGCACAUGAUCUUGUCCUACAUGGAAGAUCAUCUGAAAAACAAGAACCGUCUGGAGAAAGAGUGGGAAGCUCUGUGUGCUUAUCAGGCUGAACCCAACGCCACCAGCACUGCACAGCAGGAGGAAAACAUCCAGAAGAACCGCUCACGGGCUGUAGUACCAUAUGAUCAUUCCAGGAUAUGUCUGAAAGGUGAAAAUAGCCACAACAAUUCAGACUACAUCAAUGCUAGCCCGAUUAUGGACCAUGACCCCCGAAACCCUGCAUAUAUUGCCACCCAGGGCCCUCUCCCUGCUACUGUUGCUGACUUCUGGCAGAUGGUCUGGGAGAACGGCUGUGUCGUUAUUGUCAUGCUGACACCCCUCGCAGAAAACGGAGUCAGGCAGUGCUACCACUAUUGGCCAGACGAAGGGUCAAACCUCUACCACAUCUACGAGGUAAACCUUGUCUCUGAGCACAUCUGGUGUGAGGAUUUUCUUGUGAGGAGCUUCUACCUGAAGAACCUGCAGACAAAUGAAACCCGCACAGUGACACAGUUCCACUUCCUCACCUGGAAUGAUCAGAGGGUUCCUGCUUCCACGAGGUCGCUUCUGGAUUUCCGCAGAAAAGUAAACAAGUGCUACAGGGGUCGCUCUUGUCCAGUAGUUGUUCACUGCAGCGACGGUGCGGGGAGAAGCGGAACCUACAUUCUAAUUGACAUGGUUCUCAAUAAAAUGGCUAAAGGUGCUAAAGAGAUUGAUAUUGCUGCUACCCUGGAGCACUUGAGGGACCAGAGACCAGGCAUGGUCCAGACAAAGGAGCAGUUCGAGUUUGCUUUGACAGCGGUGGCAGAGGAAGUGAAUGCAAUACUCAAGGCACUUCCCCAGUGAGCAGCUCAGUCUCCUGAGGAUCCCUGCAGGAUCCAUCCCCUCGUUUUCCUUCAUCCUCAGUCCCUGUGAACAUCCUUGGAAACCGUGACCUGACCUUAACUGUGUAUCUUCUGUUGUAAUCACAUUGUGAUAGGGUCCUUCCAAACUCCUUCAGCUGGUAAAAGUUCAACAGUUAAAAUGUUCAUUCUGGGGUUCUUUUUUGGGGGGGGUUUAAACAAAUUUUUUUAACUUACAUCGAAGCCUCGGAUUAAGUGGCUGCAGAAUCCAUCUGAUUCCUUUCACAUCCUGGGAGCCACACUUGGAAAGCACACACUCAUGUUCUUAAUAGCAGAUGUACAGUAUCGUGGCUAAUUAGUGCAGUCAAUAUAGUCUCAGAAAACAGCGUUCAGUUAUUUUUUGUAACUUCUCAAAGGCUGAAUAAUGGGGGGGGGGGGUUGGGGGAUGAGGGGGGGUGCCAAAGAGGGUGGUGAUUGUUCCUACACAAUGUUGAGCUAGAGCAUGAAACAGUGCUGAGAGUGUGAGCAAACACAGGUCCAGGCUCUGGCACCAAGAGCUUGCACCUUCUCAUGCUGGGCUUUGGCAAGCCAAUGUUUUCUUAACUGUUGUUUACUUUUCAGCUUUGUGCCAUGAGUAGAAGAAGAUCUGAACUCUAAGUACGUAGGCCUGCAUAGUUGUUGCAGCCGGGGAGAACAAGUUGGUCACAUUAACAGGAAGUCAGGGGAUAAGGAGCACAACUCUGGUCAUGUACCUGCCACUGAGAGCGUGGAAAAGGAGAGCAUAGGCUCACCUCCGGUGAUGGAGAACAGCCCGGGCAGAAGUCAGGUAAAUGUCCAGAGCUGUGAGGGGAAGGUUUCCUGGCUUUAUGGGAUAACUGAGGAAGAAAAUGGGACUUUCCUCUUUAUAUUUUUGCAUUUCCCUCUGUAAAUCCCUGCUGUGCCAUCCUUUUUAGCCAGGAAAAUAUAUUUCUCUAAAAGCCUGGCUGAGGGAGAAACCUCCAGUCUGCAUUUUAUGAUUCUCAUCGGGUUUGUCUUGAUCAAAAUGUUCAUUGCACCUUUCUGCAGAGGCUCUGCUUGUCCUUGUUCUGACUGAUACCUGUUUUAUCUAACCACGAAGGGAUAAAGAACCACACAUGCCGAAUUUCAGAGGCCCCCGUGUUCUCUAAACCCUAAUGCCUGUUGUUGCAAAGUGAUGCUAAAAUAUGUCUGUAAAUGGUUUGGUUAUGCAGUCUUGCUUUUUGUGAAUUCACAGGCUGAGUUGUGGUACUCUGAAGGAAUUUAAAUGAUUGCUAGAAAGUACUCUGAUAUGUUUGAAUGAAGGGCCUGAGAGUAAAAUCAUCCAAGGUACCUAAGUGAUCUAGGCUCAUGAUUUCAUUAUCAAAAGUCAAUAGCUGGAUGCUUUUUCAUAUGCUCGCUCACAUCUCUCUGAUUUACAAACCUGGGGGUGCUUUUUUUAGUCAAAAAAUCUCAACAGUGUUGUUUGCUUGAAACUGUGCUAGGCUAAUUGUUUGACUCCAGCUCUGGAAAACACAUCAUUGAAUGUCACUCGUGAAGAGGAAGCUUUUCUAAGUAUCUCAUGGGUGGAAUUGUUAAAGGUAACAUCACUGAGUUUUGCUGGCACAGGUUACAGGCAUCAAUCAAAGUCAACCACGUGUGGCAGUUUUGUGUUGUAGGUGUGGGUAUUUGGUGAUUUCUUUACAGCAAUUAAAGGAUUAUUAAAAAAUAAAAAAUUAAACCCCCCAAAAAAAAAGAAAAAAAAAUAAAAGCAGAAGGCUUGUUAACUUUUUGCCAUAUAUUUUUGUUUUGGUAUGCCUUACUUGGAUUGUGCUGUUGCUUAAUUUGUGCAUUCUGUUACUAGAACAGUACAGAGCAGUUAACUGCAGAUGCCAUCAUCCUCUUAAGUACACAUACUGUACAUUAAGCCACAUGUUUAUUUUAUGGCCUGAGCAUUUUAGAGCUUUCCUAGCAAUAACUAAAAAAACUAAUGGAGUAUGAAUGUGAAAAUUGCCUUUUUCAUUGGAUAAUUUAGGUCUAACUGGAUUCUUUUAUGACUUUAGCUACCACGAAAGUGCAGAUCAGGGCAGAUGAGAUCAGUUUGAGCAGUAUCGGUGAGUGCUUGAAGUAGAUUUACUGUGAGCCACGUACUGCAGCUCUAUGAAAAUACAGGUAGUUAUAUCCAAACAGACUGCCCAAAGAAUCAAAAUGAGAGCAUCUUAAGCCAAGCCCUCUGAUUAUCCAGUAGAAUUAUUUCCCAGUGCAAGAUGCUGUGCCAUUACCUACCGGCAAUGGGCUAAAUGGGGUUUUAGCACAGAUUUCUGCCCUGGGAUUCAUUAAUGUUCGCCUCCUGACUGUCCCUGUGCACACCACAAACGUGGCUGAUGAGCCUCUCGUUUGCUCUUCAGGAGUAUUUUUUAAUUGUUCUUUGGCAAAUAUUUGCAUUUCAUGUUAGCAAUUUCAGGGGGAUCCCUAUUAAUUCACAAGCAGCUGAGUGUAGGACUCAAAUAUUGCUCUUCAUGCUUUGGAGUUUAUUUAGCGUAGAUUAGAGGGCAUUAAUCUUCACUGAGGCUAAUGGGGCAGGGAUGUGUUGAUUUAUUCAUACUUGUAGGCCAGUUUACACAACAGAAAGAUGCAGUCUUACUCAGAGGGUUAGAGUACAUCCCACUGAAAUAGCAAUCUUGUUAUUUCAGCCCUGUUUGGAACAGUUCUUCCACCAAGAGGUGCCAGGCUUAUUCUAUUGACUGUAAACUAUCACACAUCUGUGCAGGCAGCAUACUGUUCACACCUCUCAAUAACCACCCUGUUUCUGGGGGUGAGAAUCUGCUGCAGGGUCUAUUAGUGACGUGCAAGUUUCAGCUGUACCAGGGUGAUCCAAAGCUGUUUGGCAGCCCAUUUCCCAGGAAGAUGCCAAAGCCAUGGAUGGAGCCACAGAGAUGGAUUUCUCGUGCAGGGCAGGUAUUUCUUUACGCUUUUCACUGUGGGUAACUUAAUCCUUGUGACUUGGUGAAGGAUGCUGUCCAGAUCACCCCUGGCCACUUAAUGCUGAAUGGGGGCUGUGCUCUGUGUUCACUGGCAAGUUGAGUUAAGCAUGUUUUUUGGAAGCUAGGAUCACCUGAGAGCCCAGAGUCAAACAAGACCCACUAUCCUCUACCCUUCAGUAUUCUGCUAGAUCUUUAGUAAAUUCAUUGCAGUUGAAGCUUGGGCUGAUGUCUGACACACAACCAUGAAUAGCAGGUGUUUAAUAUUGACCAUCCUCCUGGAUAAUGAAAUUGAAGCUACAGUUGCUGCUUGUGUGGUUGAAUCUGUAAAUGCCAUUUAAGGGAGGGAGCUGCAGGAGGGCAAUUUAACACCAGUGCUCACGGUUUCCUUCCUUGCUGGCCAGGGCCUCUGGCAAGGAAGAAAACCCUGAAUUCUCACAGCAGGGUUGCUGGGCCCAAUCAGGGCAUUGACCUGACCAGACCCCACACCUUUGUAGUCAUGGUCUGUGUAAAUAUGAGAGGUGAAGGAGUAGUUGUCACCAGCGUUGAUAGUUCAUAGGAGUCAGAGCACAGUUGCUUGCUCCUUCACCCUUCCCAUGAGCAUGAGCCAGGAUUUAGAGGAAUGCAGGACAGCACCAUUCUCCAAAUCCCAGAUCCUUGAGGUUCAGCCCUAGCCACAGGGAAAACAGUGUGGAGUCUGCUGUUGGCUUCACAUGUUCCAGGUUCACAGUUCUAACCAUUGCUCUGUGGCACCUGAAGCAGCCCGGGUAGCACCCAGUGAAAGUCCUCAGCAGUUGUGUGAACCAAGAACGAAUUCCAGCAGAAAAUCCCAUAUCCAAAUCUCAAUCCAAGACCAAACCAAACAAGAUUAUUUUUAUAGAGAUUACAAACAUUUAAAACAUUUUUAGAAGUAUUUUUUAAAGCUAUGCCAAUGACUAAACCUUGUUCCUGUCUCUAAGCAUGCAUGCGGAACCAAGCUCCAUCCAUCCCCAGGGGGAAUGACAGCUAUAAUACCUGUAAGGAGUUCAUGCUUUAUUAGUCAUAGAAUCAGCCAGGUUGGAAGAGACCUCCAAGCUCAGCCAGUCCAACCUAGCACCCAGCCCUAGCCAAUCAACUAGACCAUGGCACUAAGUGCCCCAUCCAGUCUUUUCUUGUACACUUCCAGGGAUGGAGACUCCACCACCUCCCUGGGCAGCCCAUUCCAAUGGUAAGUGAAGUGGAACAUUAAUAAAACCCAUCCUACUUCAUAAUUUCCAGAAUAGUCAUUAGCUCUAAAUAAAUAAAUAAAUAAAUAUUGGAAAAGGGAACAACUCUUUGAUGGUCUAGAUGACUGGCUAGGGCUGGGUGCUAGGUUGGACUGGAUGAGCUUGGAGGUCUCUUCCAACCUGGUUGAUUCUAUGAAUGGUUUUGUUUACCAAACAAAAGCUCUCCUCAUUUUUAUUCUGCCCACUUUCUUCUUUGCUUAGAAAAUUCUCUUUAAGAAGCAGUUGAGAUAAUUCACUUUUUUUAAGCUGUACAGUUUUGAUGAUUUUGCUUUUUAAGUGAGAGAGAGUACACUUUGUAGAUUUGAUUGUUGUACUUAUUGAUUUAGUUUCUGUUAAGAUUACAUUGGGCAUUACAAAAGCAUUCCCCACCACAGGGAAAAGAAAGCUAUCCUGUUGGUUUUAUUGUAAAAGGGAAUAAAAUAAUAAUAAUAAUUAAAGCAGAAUUGCAGAGCUGUGGCAUACUCAAUCCAAUUAGAGCAUGACUCUUUACUACUCUUCAUUUACCACGUUAGAAAUGAUGUUACACCAGCAAGAUUUCAUUUGAAGCUGUUCUUGCAUGCUGUUUGUACUGUAUUUGAUGGCAGAAUCUUGUUUCAUUUACAACUUUUUUUGUCAUUCUAUUCUUUAUAUCUACAGAGUUUAAGAAAAGAAACAAAAGGGAAAAAAAUAUUAUACAAAGUAUUUUGUUCUACCUCUGUAAAAAUCAUAUUUGUGAAUAAAGUCACGUUGUCCGUGGAGUAUGGUAUGGUGAA